AUGGCCAAGGCUCAACAGCCAACCCGGGAUCAAGAUGGCGCUAAGAAUGACUGGCUUGGUCGUCUCAUGGCGCAGCUUCAGCAAUGCUGGCCACGCAUACGACUUUUGGCGCCAGCCGUCGCGGGUGCUUUGCUCCUAACGCCCUUUGUGCUUGAGCAUCGCCUGAGCAACUGGAUGUCUCCUGACCCAUUCUUCACCUACAUCCACUUCUUUCUUUUCUUCUUUCCCUCGCCUUCACCGGCGGGGGCCUACCUGGAACGAUCGGUCAUCACACUCUUAUUUGUCGCAGCAGGCACUGGUCUCGCCUUCCUAGCGGUCUGCGUGUGCAUCUGGAUCGACGGCGAAAACGCACCCGCGUACAACUCGGAAUCGUCUCGAGCCAUCGGUGUUUGCGUUCUCAUCCUGUUCUGCUUUAUAUCCGGAACCCUAUCGAGCUAUGCCCCACGUUUAAAAGGUGCUUGUCGAGCGAUCGUCUUUAGCACGCUGUGGGAGCUCACCACGCAAUACAAUGUGAUCAACGCUCGCAUCUUUUUCAACAACUUCUAUCCAGCUUUGAUUGCGAUGAUCGUCGGCAUCUUCUGUAACUUUGCGGUUUUUCCAAGGACAGCAAGGAGUACUUCGAUUCAACAGCUCUGCGACCUUUUGGACGGCACGCAGCAACUCACAAGUCUAGCUGUCAAUGACUUUUUCGUACAGCGCGAAAAGCCAGGAAACGAAACUCGACCAACCACAGAAAUGGCAGGUCAGUCUCCCCACUUUGCUCAACUCAAGAAAAAGCUUCAAAGCUUGCAAAACCGACUCGAAUUCAACUUGGAUGCUGCGCAGAACGAGGUGUCUUUUGCCCGCAUGCCCGUUAGCCAAUUGCAGCUCUUGCUUCCCAUGCUUCGGGAUAUCCGGGGUUGGUUCGGUUGCAGUCUUGCCUGUCUCAAAGACGCCGGCUUGACGAAAGCGCCGAUCGAGGUAUCGGAACGCUCGGAUGAAUUCAAUGUACGUUCCGACAUGCCGCAGCCCGUCUUUGAUCUCCAAGAUGCGAUUCGAAGUUUCAGCACCGAUAUCACACGCUCGCUCUCGUGUUUGCGCCGGUGUGUGGCCAAGUGCACAGGCUCGGACGCAUCUUUCAAGCGUCGCUCUUCUGCUACAACAACGAACGAAAAGGGUGGCGACGACGAUUUGCUGGUUCUCGAUCGUCCUGAGCUGGCCUUGUCUCAACAAAGAGCCAAGCUGCGCGCCUCCAUCCGCUCAUUCAAGGCUGCUCUCAACGAUGUCAUCCAGGAUUCGCGAUCCAAAGUCGUGCAAAACGCGCGACGUGAUCUCGCAACAGAUCGAGAUGGCCUUCUCACGUCCUGUCUCGGCAAUUCGGCAUCGCGAUACCCUGCCUCGGCCGAAACAAUCUCGCCGCUUUCUCAUCUCUUUCGCAAUGACUCGUACCAGAUUUCUUUUCUUAUGAUAUCGCUACUCGAAGUUGCCUUGCUCGUCGAUUCCGGUCUCAACGCAGCGUCAGGCAUGGCAAAGACCUGGUCUAGGACGCCACAUCGAAAGUUUCACAUGCCAGCAGCAGAGUGGCGUUACUGGCUCGGACGCACCUCCAUCGGUGGUGGUGACGGCGUAGCUUUGGCCGAAGAGCGUGUUGAUGCGCUUUUGCACGAAGACGACGAGCCCUCUUCUCCCUCUUCUGAGAUGCAGUUUGACGAAGUCGACUUUUUCGACACUGGUUCCGACGACUUGCUCACUUCUUCACCGAGUCUCGAACGGACCGUAUCACGAGUCAGCAGUGGUAUGACUGGCCUACGCUACCGCAUCAAGAACAGAAUUCGAGCCGUACGCAGACUGCUUGUGAGACGCCGUGUAUUGUACUACCGCAUUGUACUUUCCAACGCCGUUCGAGCGCUUCGUCACAGUCGACACAUCAAGUUUGGUAUCAAGCUCACAGCGGGAAUCGUGCUCUUGACGCUGCCGGCAUGGCUAGCGCCCGGUGAUGCCAAACGUUGGUGGCUGAAUAAGCGCGGUCAAUGGAUGGCCAUUUCCUACCUCUUCUGUCUCGAAACCUCGACUGGUGCCAGUAUCCGCACUUCACUCUAUCGAAUCCUAGGAACCAUCUCCGGCAGCGUUUUAGGUCUUGUUAUCAGCGAGAUCAGCCGUCGGAAUCCAUACGCGCUAGCCUUGUUGCUCACACUCGCAACACUUCCCCCCUCCUACUUGAUGCUGUUCACACGUUUCCAGGGUGUGGGAAUCGUCAUGGGUCUGACACUACCCAUCGUUGCACUGAUCCCGCAAGAAGACGCUAGCCAGAGCGUAGCCUACGUCGCAUGGAAUCGAGGCUAUAUGAUCCUUUUCGGUAUCGUCGCGGCUCUUCUGGUCAACCUUUUCGUGUGGCCCAUCCACGCACGUGUCGAGCUGGUGCGCAGAAUCUCGCUCAUCACUUCGCAACUACAGUCUCUCUACCUCAGCCUGUCUCGUCAGAUGCUUUCCGGCGGGCUCACCAGUUCGCACAAAUCCAACGCCGCGUUCGAAAAGGUGGAGUCGAACAUUGAAAGUCGAAUUGGCCAAGCACGCAGUCUAGUGGAUAUCAUGACGAUCGAAAUCAGUCUCAAGCCCAAGCGGACCAAAGUGCUGUCCGAAUUACUCGAUCAUUUGGAGACGAUCCACGAGCUAUUAUUGGGAUUGAGGAGGUGCAGAGAGCAUGGCUUGAGAUCCGUACGUCAGCCUGCUGUGGUCAACGUUUUGGAGCUACGACAGAGUUUGAUCGCAUCGGUGCUGCUGGUGUUGUGGACGACGGGACAGGCGAUGCAGACCAAAGCGCCACUGCCACAGUGUUUGCCUAGUCCGAGAUUGGCGUUGGAGGAGUUGACCGAGGCUGUGGCGGAGCAGUUGAGGCUGAUGGUGGAGCGCGCGGGCGAAGAGGCUUGGUCUCGCAUGCCGCGUACCAAGCAUGGUGUUCCGGAUGCGUAUCAUGCGCUUGACAGUUUGAACCAGAAGAGCAUUCUCGUCAACGUCCGCACAAGGCAUCGCAAAGGUUUGCAUUCCAUUGCGUCCCACAGCCCUCUCAACGGGUCCAGAAGCGGCACGACUUCUCCCUUCAGAGACGCUGUAUACGAUCCGAGACUGGCGACAGGGAUGUCGGAAUCAGAGACCCCCGGUACAGGAGCGGUCAAGAAAUCGCCCGACUACGCCAUGUUUUUUAUCCUCGCCGAACACGCCUUGCUCGAACAGAUCGUUAGCUCAUUGGAGAAGCUGCUCGUGCUGUGUAGAAGUAUGGUCGGAGAAGCGAGUUUCUUACGUACCGAAUUCGUACCUCACAGCAGACACGAUGAGGGAGUCGACAUCAAGACGCCGGGUACAGUGACACCGGCUGAUCCAUCAAGUGUCGUCGAAAGCGAGCAUGUGGCGAGGAGGAGAGGGACUGGCAGAAGCGCGUCCGUGCCGGAUACGAGCAGAACACGACAAGUGUCGCCUAUGAAUCGCCCCGCGCACUCGUCGAAUCUCGGUGCUACGUUGAUGGCAGAUGAUGCACUUGUUGCGCCGCAACGCACGGGCUAG